GUCGUUUAAAAUCGUAUAAAUUUAGGGUUUCCUUUCGCAAAGUUUCGGGUAUUCCGAUCCCUUUUCUUGUUCCUCUCGAGGCGUUUUUCUCUUCUCAUCCCAAUUCUCAUCCAAUCCCUAACCCUAAAUCAAGGAAGCAGGCGGAGGCGGAUCGGCGCGAAGAUGGUGCUCGCACAGCUCGGCGGGAGCAUCGCCCGGGCGUUGCAGCAGAUGAGCAACGCCACCAUUAUCGAUGAGAAGGUGCUCAGCGAAUGCCUGAACGAGAUCUCGCGCGCGCUGCUGCAGUCCGACGUCCAGUUCAAGCUGGUCCGGGACAUGCAGGCCAACAUCAAGCGCAUCGUCAAUCUUGACGACCUCGCCGCCGGCCACAACAAGCGCCGCAUCAUUCAACAGGCUGUAUUCAAUGAACUCUGCAAAAUGUUGGAUCCUGGAAAACCUUCUUUUACCCCCAAGAAGGGGAAGACCAGUGUGGUAAUGUUCGUAGGUCUACAAGGUUCUGGAAAAACCACAACUUGCACCAAAUAUGCAUAUUAUCAUCAAAAGAAGGGAUGGAAGCCUGCCUUAGUUUGUGCUGAUACAUUUAGAGCUGGUGCUUUUGACCAGUUAAAGCAAAAUGCAACAAAAACCAAAAUUCCUUAUUAUGGAAGUUACAUGGAAUCAGAUCCUGUAAAAAUAGCUGUUGAAGGCGUUGAAACGUUUAAGAAAGAAAACCGUGAUUUGAUUAUUGUGGACACAAGUGGGCGACACAAACAGGAAGCUGCUCUGUUUGAAGAAAUGCGUCAAGUCUCAGAAGCAACGAAACCCGAUCUUAUAAUAUUUGUCAUGGACAGCAGUAUUGGUCAAGCAGCAUUUGACCAAGCACAAGCCUUCAAACAAAGUGUAGCAGUUGGAGCUGUGAUUAUCACAAAAAUGGAUGGUCAUGCAAAAGGAGGUGGCGCGCUUAGUGCAGUUGCAGCCACUAAAAGCCCAGUCAUAUUUAUUGGAACGGGGGAGCACAUGGAGGAGUUUGAAGUGUUCGAUGUAAAACCAUUUGUAAGCCGUCUUUUAGGAAUGGGUGACUGGUCUGGUUUCAUGGAUAAAAUUCAUGAAGUUGUACCCACCGAUCAACAACCUGAGCUUUUACAGAAGCUUUCUGAAGGAAGUUUUACUUUGCGACUGAUGUAUGAACAGUUUCAAAACAUUCUCAAAAUGGGUCCUAUAGGCCAGGUGUUCUCUAUGCUACCUGGAUUUAGUGCAGAAUUGAUGCCUAAAGGUCAUGAAAAGGAAAGUCAAGCAAAAAUCAAGCGUUAUAUGACGAUGAUGGAUUCCAUGACGAAUGCAGAGCUGGACAGUACAAAUCCUAAAUUGAUGAAUGAGUCCCGUAUAAUGCGGAUUGCGAGGGGUUCAGGCAGGUCAGUCAGGGAUGUCACAGAAAUGCUGGAGGAAUACAAGCGUCUAGCGAAGAUUUGGAGCAAGAUGAAGGGGCUCAAGAUCCCCAAGAAAGGUGAAAUGAGUGCGCUGUCUCGGAAUAUGAAUGCGCAGCAGAUGAGCAAGGUCCUACCUCCUCAAAUGCUGAAGCAGAUUGGCGGCAUGGGUGGUCUACAGAGCUUGAUGAAGCAAAUGGGAUCCAAAGAUAUGGGUGGAAUGGGAGGGAUGUUCGGCCGAGGGGACAAGUAGAAUACCUAAUAAUCGAGAGUGUUGUCAUGAGGUCUUUCGUUAUACAACUAUUUUUGAGACAACUAAUGAAUCAUUCAAAUAUGUUGGAUGUGGU